AUGGAGAUGAAAUUAAUAUUAGAGGCAUCUUUAAUUGAUACGUUAACUUAUGAAGAUAAAUCGAUGAUAUCAUAUAAAUCUUGUAGCAAAAGGAUGAUUGAAAAUGUUAGGAAUCUGCUUGGAAAUUCGAUAAUCAAUCCACAAAAAUUAUAUGGAUUAGAUGGUGAUUUGGGAUUAUGGUUUACGUUUAAUGAUCUUAGUGUGUGUAAAGAAGGCGAUUAUAUGCUGCGAUUUAGGUUAUUCUAUAACGGACGGCUACCGAGUAUCGUUAAUGAUAUCGAAUGUGAAUAUAUCAGUGAAAUAACUUUCAUUGAAUCGAGACCAUUUGUCGUUUACAAAAAAUCUCAAUAUCCAGGGGACAUAGCGCCAACUUUAUUAUCAAUUAAUUUUUACGAACAAGGUGUGAAUAUUCCAUUAGGUUCCAGCGUUCAGAGUAAUCGUAAUAACAAGUUUGUUGAAGUCAUAUCCGAUAUCAAUGAAAAUGAUUACUUUGAAAAUUUAUAUGAAGACGACGAGUUCUACAGCGACUAUUAUGAAGAAUUCUCGGAUGAUGAUAAAAUGAAUGUGGAUGAAUCUUAA